AUGUCUUCUGGGGCCAGCGUGAACCCCCUGCAGCGCCUGGUGGAGCAGCUCAGGCUGGAGGCUGGCGUGGAGAGGAUCAAGGUCUCGCAGGCAGCUGCAGAGCUUCAACAGUACUGCCUGCAGAAUGCCUGCAAGGAUGCCUUGCUGGUAGGUGUUCCAGCUGGAAGCAACUCCUUCCGGGAGCCCAGAUUCUGUGCUUUAUUCUAA